AUGCGUUCGAUUAUCUGGCUGAGUGCACUUAUCGGGCUUGCCAUCGCGGCACCCGGAGCGUCUAUUCCGGAGGAGAACGACAAACGGGAAUGGCUCGAUGGUUACGGCGGUGGCGGUGGAGAUGGCUACGGCGGUGGCGGCAGUGAUGGUUAUGGUCUAGUAAGUGGUAAUCCAGCUUGUGGAAAGGAAGAAAUACUGAAAUUAUAUCAGGGUAAGCGGGAAUGGCUUGAUGGUUACGGCCGUGGCGGUGGAGAUGGCUACGGCGGUGGUGGCGGUGAUGGUUACGGUCUGGUAAGUGGUAAUCCAGCUCAUGAAAAGAAGCGAGUACUUACAUCUUACCAGGCUAAGCGAGAGUGGCUUGAUGGCUACGGUCGUGGAGGCGGCGGCGAUGGAUAUGGUCGUGGUGGUGACGGAUAUGGUCGUGGAGGUGGCUAUUGGAAGGCGUAG